AGAAAAGGUGGAAGAUGGAGGGCCUCCAAUUAGCUUAGUGGAGCAAGUUUAGAAAUUGAAGUGGAAGCUGUAAUGUCAAGCAAAGCAACCCCCCUCUUCAGAAAUCACCAUCAUUCCACCCACCCCCUUACGAAAUAAAGGGCAUGAGAAAAAGGUGGUUAAAAAAAAACAGAACAACCAUAAAUUAACAUCAACAUCAUCAUCAUAUUUUUCUUCCUUUGUUUGGUUUCCUUCCUUCCUUCCUUUCUUCUUUUCACUCACACCACCUACUCCCAAACCCACCACAAAGCAAGCUCCACUGCCAGGAAGCUAUUCAAUGGAAUCAUUCAGUCAAACAACUGGAUUCCGGUACAACCUGAAUUCAAACACAACAGGCGGCGAUGAUGAUGCCGAGUUUUCAGGGAUUCUUGAGAUCUAUGCUCAUCAUGCUAGGAACCUUCACAACAUAUGCAUCUAUGAAAACCAAGAUGUCUACGCAAAAUUCUCUCUUACUUACAAUCCAGAUGAGACCCUCUCAACUAGGAUCAUCAAUGGAGGUGGCAAGAAUCCAGAAUUCAAUGAAAACUUGAGGAUGAAAAUCACUCAAAUUGAUGCUGUUCUGAAAUGUGAGAUUUGGAUGCUUAGCAGGGCCAGAAACUAUAUGGAAGACCAGCUCUUGGGAUUUACUUUGGUCCCAAUUUCGCAAGUGAUUGGGAAAGGAAAGCUGACUCGAGAUUAUAGUCUUUCUUCCACUGACCUCUUCCAUUCCCCAGCUGGAACUGUCCAAUUGACUCUUUCUCUCAUCCCAUCUUUGCCUCCUAUCAAAUUGUCUGCUAACUCAUCCAUAACUUCAGAAGUAGUAUUGCUUGAUCGAAAGAUUAAUUCAGAAGAAGUAAUGUUAGACCCAGUUGAGUAUUCGAGGAUCGAAUUCCCUGAUAUCAAUGCAGUGAGUCAGAAUCAGCAAAUGGUGACUCAGUACUUUGACUUGGCAAAGCACAAGCAUGGUUCUCAAGGACUAGCUGCAUCAUUUCUUCGUCUUGGUGCAUCUCCUGAUCAGGACUAUGAAAUGAUUGUGAGCUCAUCGCCUAAUGAGAGCAUCCACAACUCUGGCUUCUUAAGUUCCACCACAACAAGCUUGAGUGAUGACCGAAACAACAAUUCUGCUGAUUCAAUCGAGAAAAAGAGUCGUGUGGCUUCUGUCACCAGUGGAGUUGCUCAUCAAAAUUUUGCUGCUUGUCCAGACACUCCAACCUCAAGAAAGGGACUAGAAGCCUCUUCCGGAGAUGAAAAGUCGAGUUUCUUGGGCAAGGAAGAUGAAGAGGAAGAGGAGAUGAAGAAGGAUCAAAAAGUUGGUUCAGGUCAAUUUGGUCAGGUGUAUUCUGCUCCACAUGGGAAUAUGAACUCAGAGGCUGAGCAAUCUGCAAUGCAGCAACAAAUAGUCGACAUGUACAUGAGAAGUAUGCAACAGUUUACUGAGUCUCUGGCAAACAUGAAGCUCCCGAUGGAUCUUGAUAAACCUGAAUGUGAAGACCGUGGUGAAGUGAUUCCGAACAACAACUUAGAACUUGAUAAAAAGAAGGAAGGAUCAAGAGUCUUCUAUGGUAGCAGAGCCUUCUUCUGAGUCUGAGUAGUAGCUAAUUGAUUCUGUAAUGCUCUUGAUCGAGGGUACAAAUUAGUUUAUUUAGAAACAAGAAUGAGGUUUAAUUAUUGUUAACAUUCUUACUUUCACAGGCUGCAUUGAAUUUCUUAGAAAUUUGUAUAACUGUUAUCCCUUGUUUAUGUGAAUAGCUGCUUCAUAUCCAGGUUUCGUUGUUGCUUUAACUACAACGACCAAUUGUUAAUGUCUGCUAAAUCUGCCUAAUAGUGUGUUAAUGUAAUUUACAUUU